CAGACAACUCAGGGAUUGUUUGCAGUUUGACAUUCCAAAUUCCCAAUAUCCUAUUGUGAAUGUGAUCAACUGCCGGGUCCAUGUACCAAGGUAAGGUACAAUACCUGGCACUGAGGCCACCGCAGUCCAUGUUCCAUCCAUGUCAUGAUUUGGUACCGACUAGCGACCCGAGUGCUUCAAGGUUAGGAUCAAGAUACCUAGGUCAACGAUUAGAACGAGCCGCCUUCACAGACUCGGUCAAUUAUCUUCGUUUAACGCGAGCGUUUUGCUUCCCGGCAGCCUUGGACCUUAUAAUUCGCAACAUUUCAAAACCCAGGUGGCACAGGGAGGUCAUCCUUUUUCUCGAUUUUCAUCCCUGACAAUCGCGCAAAAACACCACAACCAAGCUCUCCAGUAAUUGGAAGUCUCGAAUUUCAGAUAUUCACGCGCAGAGGACUUUCCACCGAAGCCAUAAACUCACUAUGGCUGACCAUGCUGACCACGUGCACGCGGCACAUGAUGACACCGACCCUCCGACGGUGCCGGCAAACCAUGUCCGCUUCAGAGUGCGUGAUGCUCAACUUGAUACUAGCACAUCAGGUGGCCAACAAACGUGGUUUCUCGCAAAGCGGAGGCAGGGCAUGCGAAAGGCCAUGACCUUAUAUUGCGAACGUUGGGAAAUGCAGCUUGAUUCGAUGAGAUUUCUCUUUCGAGGCCGACUCAUCCACCCGAAGGACACUGCAGAGAUGCUGGGACUGCAAAACGACGACACCAUCGAGGCCAUCGAGGCCAGCAAGGUGCACUUAUUAUUAACAAGGCCGCGGACCCGGGUGCGACAAGACAUUUAGCAGCUUAGCUUCUGUCUUGAUUUACAAUACAUAGCCACUCUCGCCGCAACUAUUACGACCCCUGGCGUUCACUCUAUCCCAUUCACUUCGGUCCACCGUCUUCAACCGGCACUUCCCCGCCGCGUAUGUGGAAGGAAUUCCAUCCUCAAUCAGUGCGGAUGUGUGAGACACCGUGCCCCUCUCUGCCGGAUGGUGUGAGUGCUGGAGGAAUUAUCGGCUUUCAACACUCCGCCUUCUACGGGGUCCAAGAGGAUUGUUGCAGGCUUGGAGGAGUAGAGCGGCGCGGCGGAUUGAAAAUCCACACGUUUGGGAGGAAAGACUUAUUAGCUACCUACCUACCUAUAGGUCUGUAAAAGACACAAUCUCCAGUCGACUAGGGAAGUCUACUCGCAGGAGGGCCUGAAGGAUUCUCUUGAUUCAUCCAACAAACCACUCUGUGAUUGUCUUCAAUUCAGGGCCAACAUGAG